AGAUAACCAAUCAAAUAGAAUAAAAUAAGGGGACAUGAAAACAUUUCAAUAUGUUUCGCACUUGAUUCAAACCAGAACGAAGGUCACCUUAUCAACACACCUCACUGAUACUACCAACGGCUGGGUUCUCUACUAUCAUAGCGGCCACUACAAUAAACAGUCGAUGCUUUCACACAAGCAAGUUGUAUACAUACUCACGUGCGCGGCUAUUUUCUUCCCAGCAAAUCGUUAUGGGCCAUAAUGCUAAGGGUGUGUUGCUUAGGGUGUUACCCACAGUGGCACAGUGCGAUCCGUUCGCUCGUGGAGUGUGUAACACAACGGUAGCAAUUUGGUAGCUGGCUGGCGCAAAAUGACUUGGAAACGACCGGAACAUAUUCCAUACCCGUCCGUAUGGCAUACAUUCCAAGCCAAGGAUACGGAGAGCGAUCAAGUGGUCACCUACCGGGUGCAGGAUCUUCCGGAGGAACGUUUUGAAGAAGCGAUCGCGCACAUGAUGGAAUACUUCGUGUACGAUGAGCCGACGUGCCGUGCAAAAAAUAUCGUCAAUGAGCAGCAAAGCGUUGAUGAGAUUGCCGACCUGUGGCGUGAAUUCGUGAAGCUGCGUCUUGUGCUCGUGUGCUUCAAGGAAGGCAGCGAUGAAAUUGCCGGCAUGAACAUGCUGUACGUUUCACAGCAAAGUGACAAGGAAGAGUAUCAGUGCAAGGGAAGCGUUUGGCGAUGCAUCUACGAUCUUGUCGAUUAUACGAUGAAGAAGGCAAACGUCUACGAGCGAUACGGGGUUGACAAAUAUAUUGGCGCAAUGGGACUGUCGGUAGCGCCCAACUACCGUGGACGGGGCAUAGCCACUGAAAUUCUGCGUGCGCGCAUUCCUCUGUGCAAGGCCGUUGGUUUGCCCCUAACAUCCACCUGCUUUACCGCGAUCGGAUCGCAAGUAGCAGCAGCAAAGGCAGGUUAUGAGGAAACGUACGUCGUGUCGUACGAAGACAUGGCCAAGGUGGACGAACGCUUUGUCUUUCCCAACAUUACCACCAAGUAUGUAAAGUGUAUGUCCAAACGUGUAGAAUAAAGCGAAUUUGAGAACAA